CGACUCGAUGACGUUUCCUUCGGCGCGCCGCCAUUGGACAGCGCGCGCGCCCGUCCGGCUGAGUGACAGCCGCGCGCUGGUUGUCUCCUCCCCGCGGCAGCAGACACUAUUUGAGCUGGGACCAUCGGAUCGUUAUAGAGAACCGCUUCAGUGUCGUCAAUGGGAAGCGCGAGAGACGGAGGCAGCAGCGCGAGUUACGGCCCAGAUUGAACCCCGCAGCCGCACCAUGCUCUCCAGCUCCAGCCCGUGUCUGUGGAAUACGCUCUUCCUUCUUCUGUGCUGCCAUGCAGGCGGCGGGGGAGCGCAGAACGCCAAGGAAGUGAUUCUGCUGGACUCCAAGGCGCAGCAGACAGAGCUGGAGUGGAUCUCCUAUCCUCCCAAUGGGUGGGAAGAGAUCAGCGGCUUGGAUGAGAACUACACGCCCAUCCGUACCUACCAGGUCUGUAAAGUCAUGGAGCCCAAUCAGAACAACUGGCUUCGGACUAACUGGAUAGAGAAGGGCGAUGCCCAGAGAAUUUUUGUCGAGCUGAAGUUCACCCUGAGGGAUUGUAACAGCCUGCCCGGCGUGGUGGGCGCCUGCAAGGAGACGUUCAACCUGUACUACCAGGAAACGGAGUCCGAGGUCGGCCGGGGCCUGAGGGAGAAUCAGUACGUGAAGAUCGACACCAUCGCCGCGGAUGAGAGCUUCACCCAGGGCGACCUGGGCGAGAGAAAGAUGAAGCUGAACACGGAGGUGCGCAUAAUCGGACCCCUGUCCAGGCGGGGCUUCUACUUGGCCUUCCAGGACGUCGGGGCGUGCAUCGCCCUGGUCUCCGUCAAAGUCUACUACAAGAAGUGCUGGUCCAUCAUCGAGAACCUGGCCACCUUCAAAGACACCGUCACAGGGUCCGAGUUCUCCUCGCUGGUGGAGGUGGAAGGCGUGUGUGUGAGCGAUGCCGAGGAGGAGGCCGAGAACUCUCCCAAGAUGCACUGCAGCGCGGAAGGGGAAUGGCUCGUGCCCAUUGGGAAAUGUAUAUGCAAAGCUGGAUUUCAUCAGAAAGGAGACGCCUGUGAACCGUGCGGUCGUGGUUUCUACAAGUCGUCCUCUCAGGACCUUCAGUGCUCUCGCUGUCCGGCACACAGCUUCAACGACCGUGAGGGCUCCUGGCGCUGCGACUGCGAGGACGGCUACUACCGAGCGCUCUCCGACCUCCCAUCUGUGGCCUGCACAAGACCUCCCUCUGCGCCACAGAACCUGGUCUACACCAUCAACCAGACCACCGUUAAUCUAGAGUGGAACCCGCCGGCUGACACCGGCGGCCGAAACGACGUCACCUACAGGGUCAUAUGCCGCAGCUGCAGCUGGGAGUCCGAGAAGUGUGUGCCGUGUGGCCAGAACGUGGGAUACUCUCCUGCGCAGUCAGGAUUAGUGGACACUUACGUCAGCAUCACUGACCUGCUCGCUCACGCCAACUACACCUUUGAGGUGGAAGCUGUCAACGGCGUGUCUGACCUGAGCCGCACGCAGAGGCUGUUUGCAGCGGUCAGCAUCUCUACGGGCCAAGCAGCUCCGUCCCAGGUCAGCGAUGUCAUCAGGGAGAAGGUGCAGCAGCGCAGCAUCCAGCUCUCGUGGCAGGAACCGCAGCAGCCCAACGGCGUCAUCACCGAAUAUCAAAUCAAAUACUACGAAAAAGACCAGAAGGACCGGAUCUACUCCACAGUGAGGUCCAAAUCAACCUCUGCUACAGUGGACAACCUGAAGCCUAGCACAGCGUAUGUGUUCCAGAUCCGGGCUUUAACAGAGGCCGGAUACGGAACCUUUGGACCCAGACUGGAGAUAACAACCAAAGAAGAAGCCAAUGCUGCGAUUGUCUCCAGCGAGCAGAACCCCGUCAUCAUCAUAGCCGUGGUGGCCGUGGCGGGGACCAUCAUCCUGGUGUUCAUGGUGUUCGGCUUCAUCAUUGGGAGAAGGUACGCUCUCGCGGGCCCCGUUGACUCUCCGCUCCUGCACUGCGGGUACAGCAAAGCCGAUCAGGAGGGAGAUGAGGAGCUCUACUUCCAGUUUAAAUUUCCAGGCACCAAAACCUACAUUGACCCCGAAACCUACGAGGACCCAAACAGGGCUGUCCAUCAAUUUGCCAAGGAGUUGGAUGCCUCCUGCAUUAAAAUCGAACGAGUUAUCGGAGCAGGAGAGUUCGGGGAGGUGUGCAGCGGUCGACUAAAGCUGCCCGGAAAGCGGGACGUGUCGGUCGCCAUCAAGACGCUGAAAGUGGGCUACACGGAGAAGCAGAGGAGGGAUUUCCUGUGCGAGGCCAGCAUCAUGGGACAGUUCGACCAUCCCAACGUGGUCCACCUGGAGGGGGUGGUGACAAGAGGAAAACCGGUCAUGAUCAUCAUCGAGUACAUGGAGAACGGCUCAUUAGAUGCUUUCCUCAGGAAACACGACGGUCAGUUCACAGUCAUCCAGUUGGUGGGAAUGCUGCGGGGCAUAGCGGCGGGGAUGAGAUACCUCGCUGAUAUGGGCUACGUCCACCGAGACCUGGCCGCGCGCAACAUCCUUGUCAACAGCAAUCUCGUAUGUAAAGUCUCCGACUUCGGCCUGUCAAGGGUGAUAGAGGACGAUCCCGAGGCUGUCUACACAACAACUGGCGGUAAGAUUCCUGUCCGGUGGACGGCACCAGAAGCCAUCCAGUAUCGUAAAUUCACCUCCGCGAGCGACGUGUGGAGUUACGGCAUUGUCAUGUGGGAGGUCAUGUCCUACGGGGAGCGGCCGUACUGGGACAUGUCCAAUCAAGAUGUCAUAAAGGCAAUAGAUGAAGGCUACCGCCUUCCUGCACCCAUGGACUGCCCUCCAGGCUUGCACCAGCUCAUGCUUGACUGCUGGCAGAAAGACAGAGCCGAACGUCCAAAGUUUGAUCAGAUUGUCGGCAUCCUGGAUAAAAUGAUCCGCAACCCUAACACCUUGAAAACCCCAGUGGGCACAUGUACAAGACCAAUUAGCCCCCUGUUAGAUCAGAGCACACCAGACUUCGCUGCUUUCCGCUCAGUGGGAGAGUGGUUGGAAGCCAUCAAGAUGGAGCGCUACAGAGACAACUUCACAGCAGCCGGUUACAGUUCCUUGGAGUCUGUGGCCAGGAUGGCAAUUGAGGAUGUGAUGAGCUUGGGAAUCACACUAGUGGGCCACCAGAAAAAAAUCAUGAGCAGCAUACAGACUAUGAGAGCCCAGAUGCUUCAUCUUCACGGUACGGGGGUCCAGGUGUGAUGAGCUGCAACGGGACGCCUCCGUCAGGGCAAAAACACUCAAGCAGGACUUAUCUGGAGAAGCGCCUGGGUCAUAGCCGGCCCCAUGGUCAAAGUACACGGACAUCUGCUGUGUCUGACUCCUGCGUCUGGAGCGAAAUCAUUCCUUUGUUCCUCGGCGAGGGAAUGAAGUCCGUUUCUUCAAAGGGCACUAAAGAGAGGAAAAGGGCAAGGAGCAGCAACAAAAAGCAACUACCUGUAUGAGAUGACUUUGUUUUUUUCUUUUUUACUUGUAGGAGUGUUUAAGAACUCAACCACAUAUCAAGGGGCGAGUUGGAAAGGAGUUUUAUUACCUUAAUGAUUGAAUUAAGCGCACACUAUAGAUGUGGAUUUCCUUUACGAAGCAGGAAAAAAAAUCUGCUUUGGUUCCUUCUUCUAAGGUCUUUAUUUUCUAUGUGCUUGCCGCAAGGAAGUGCUUCUCCUUGGAUGUGACAACAGGGUAACUUAUAUCCAGAUGCCGAUGGAGCUUUGCAUUGCAGAUUUUAAGGUGCUGUUUGUGCUGAUUCGUGCUGGACUGAACCGGUUACAGUUUUCAUGUUUACUUCAUCGUGCGGUUGAGGAUCCUGACGCACACUGACAUGCUUCUUUCCAGCCCACCCAAAAGGGGGCUUUGCUAUUAAUCUCAAAAGUUUGAAGGAGUUUGCACGUAAGGGCAAAGUUUUUCCUCCAAUCACCCGGUUUUUGUAUCAAGAGUAGCAAUAUCUGUUUGUCUUAGUAUUCACAACAAGACACGGUUUUAGAAGUUAGUUACUGAUGAAAAUCUGCAAGCACAGUUUAAAGAUUGUACUAAAUUUGCAGCCACUCCAUAGUUCUGCCGUCAUUCAGCCUAAAAUGUUGCACAUAGUUUGUUUUUUGAAAAUUGUUAAGCUGCAGAUAACGUUUAAGGGUGGAUCCCAGAACAGAGGAGAUAUCAUACUGCCUUAAAACAUGUUUAGAUUUAGUAUUGCAGAUGUUUUAGGUACUUUAAUAGGCGCUGCUUUCCGUGGUUCCUUUAGAGGUCUUUUUUUUUUUGUCAUGUGUUUUCUUUUUUCUUGUGGUCUCACGUCUUCUUAUCUGUGACUUGAUCUGGUGUGCACAAAGUCAGGCGAUUGCCAGGAAUGACAGAGUCAGCGGAGAAGAGGUUGACUAAAAAGAGCAAUAAUUACCAGGGAGAAACAGUCCUCGCCAGAAAUCCUUUAAGGUGCUAGGUAUGAAAAGCAUGAGUGUGCUGCUGUGUGUCGACGAACCCUUUGGAAAGAUUCCGUCACCCCCAGAAAGGAAGAGGAAUGUACCUCUGUGACCUAAAACGGUUUGGAGAGCGCUCAGAAAAGUGCCGUGCCAAGUCAUCAGAUGUUGUGUUUUGCCUCUGUGAUAUGGAAAACAUUUGAUGAAAAUCUAACAUGGCAUGGAAAUGUGGAACUGGGUUGUCGCGAAGAUGAAAGUCGCACCACUUGAAACUCUAAAAAGGUGCCAAUUAGCCAUGCUAACAUCAUCCUCCAACACAUUGCACCACCCAGAAAUCAAAGAGCUCCUUCGGGGUUGGGGUCUGAAAAAAAAAAAAAAACGCGGGACCAAAGGAGGGAGUCUGCGUCAGACGCAGGCCUCGUUGGUAAAUCCUUCCGUCCUGGCUCUGCAGGCAGCCACGCAGCUCCUCUUGUUUAUUUAUGCGUCUCCGCUGCUCGUCGCUCACAGGCGUGGAUGUGACGGAACAUGCAUUGAAAUGUGCUCCUCUUUUCUUCCGUGCGACUUUGUGUGAAAAACGGAGCAGAAGCAGGGGCUUGUGGGGGGUGAACGAUGUGUUUUAAAGAUGAUCAACCUCUUUGGUGCCAUCUGUCUCUACUUCAAAAACAAACAAAAAUCUUUUCUUGUUAGCUGAAUGUGACUUAUUGCAAUUUUCUUUGAUGGAAAAAUGUAUUUAUCCAGCUGUCAUGUGAGGGUGGGGUGGGGGGGGGGGGGGUUUCGCUCACCAACAAAAAAACAUAGCAAGCUCUUUCGCUGCUGCUGUAACCUCAAUGGAAUCCCAGUAUUUUAAAGGAAAGGUCCGGUCAAAAUCAGAAUUCAAACUGCUGAAAGUACUUUAAAUAUACAACUAUUACAUACUGUUCAAUAAAUUAC